GAUUUAAAUUUCGAUCCGUCUAUUAAGUCCUCUAUUCUUUUUGAUAGUUAUAUAAUUUUGUUUCUCGUAAAUGAAUUUACAGGAUCGCCAUCGAACAAAACACAUAAACUCUCAAUUCCGCAACUUGCGGGUGCAGUGUGGGAAGCAUGUUCAGCCCUGAAAAAAACUCCCUCCACAAACGUAAUAGCUAUCGGCAAAGCAAUCUCACAAGUCGCAGUUUCGAUGAAGGAUGUUCUUCGUGAGAUGAACGAACUCAAGCCAGCAUCAAAUGAAGAAGAAGAAGAAGAACCUUCCGAAAACUUCUCCACCAAACCGGAAGAUAAACCCUGUGACGAAGACGAUGAUUUAUGUGACGGAGAUUUGGGCAGCGAUUUAUCGCCCGAAGAAAUGAAAAUCGUGGAGCUAACUACAGACAUUGUUUCUAGAACAUUGGUCGUUCAUAAGGAUCUAAUCCGAUGCAUAACUCUGUUGCUUCAGAGGGAAAAUUCAGACGAUAUUUCGGUGGAUUCUUUGGAGAAGAUUUUGAAGGUAAGCCAAAGAAUCGGAGUGCAGGUUGAUGAACUCGGUGCGUGCCUUUAUCCACCGCAAGAGAUUUCUGCGAUUAAGGUUGCUAUUGAAAAGAUUUCGAGCUUGAUUAGUGAAGUAGAAGCGGAGCUGCGAAAUUUGAAGGGUUGUACGGAGGAUUUCGGUGAAGCGUGUUCUGGUUUGAGGAGUUCGUUGAGAAAGUUGGGAAGUGAACUAGGUUGCGAUCUUGUGCCUGAAAUGGAGAAUCUUGUUAUAACCGAUUAGUAAGGUUGAUUUUUGAGUGCUAGAGUUAAACAUCAUACCCCUUGAUUUAGUAAGGGUGAUUUUCAAUGGAUUUAUUAUUAUGAAUUUAGGAUUUUUUCUCCCAAGUUUAUUCAUUCCAAAUGGAGCCUUGAACAUCAUACCGUUUGAUUAAUGAUAACAAAAUCGCAGAAAA